AAGGUCUAUAGUUGUCUAAAUCUACCACUACCUUACGAUCAGCAGCUUCGAGGCGUGCGGCUGAAGAACAUGUUCCGCAUGAAAAACUUCAGCGUCCGCACUGUCGAAAUCUCUGAGAUUCGCACCACCUUCGCUAACGGCAUGGUGAUGCUGCAGUAA